GAACCGGCGAACUUCGUGGCUGAGACGACUGUGGCCAGCGCGGUGACCAGGGCGGUGAAGUGAGGCGAGAUCAUACUUCUUCCCCUCGACUCUGGGGCCGCUGUCCAAGUGUAAUACAGAUAGCCAAAUGCCCCCAGCAGCCGAUGCGUGAAACGAGGCGUCGCGGCCUUUUCAACGCGGUGCUUAGAAAAACGACCGCGCCUCGAGGUUGUGUUGUUCGUGUGCUUUCUCUUCGUUCGUGGACAGUUCUUCGACGAACGCCUCCGACUCAAACGGUGCCCUGGACGCCGAGAUCCGCAGGGGGGAGUGAUGCCUGGCAUGGCUGAAAUACUCGGCGGAAUUCGGGGAUCGAAUCCACGCCCUGUGGGCCACAUCCAAGAGAGGAUGCUCUCUACUGAAGUAAAAUCCGUCCCUUUUUUUGUGACCAUGGCGGUGUCGGCCGGGCUGGCCCUUUCAACGGUAUGCAUGCAUGGCAGUGCUGCGGCGGCGAGUACGAAUCCCUCGUCGCGAUCGAGUUCGUGCGCGUCAUGAUACACUGCGAUCAAGAGUCAAACACGAUGCCUCGCGCAUGUAUUGCGAUCCUCCAUGUCGUCGUGAUAUGGCAACUUGUCGGUACGCCAGUCACCAUUCCAAACGACACGAAGUCAACCGCUGCUUGUCACGACGGGGGGAAGCGGAGGCACCAGCAGCGAGCGACAAGGGGCUGUAGCUGUCAUGGGUUUCCGGCGAAUUGGACGGCGGCAUCCAGGAUCCAUAAAAAUAUCAGGCCGACUUUCUCACCCACGAAAGUUCUAAAUUGCGAUGGGUGCGUGCGGGAACCGUCAUGAAAGGGGGCGGCCACCACGUCCAACGAAAUGGAGACGGUUGGAAGAUUGUGGUCGAGUGCGCUACGAGAGGCCACUAAAACGAGGCGAGAGCGAUGGACCACCGCCCUUAUCGACCGACGAAAACGAACGUGUGGCAGCCGACACGCCUCCAAGCCAAGGGCCAGGAAGUUUGCCCGUUGUGAAGUAUGUUCCAAGAGAACUCGCCAUACCACCACCUGGUGCUUCUGA